CGCACAUGCUCCGACGUCAUCUCACGUAAGUCUUCCGUGUCAACAUGGCGGCAUCCAUGGCAUCCCAGGCUGCAGCAAGAGGACUGAGGACAGCAACCUCAAAACACAUACUGCUGGACAAACUUAAGUGCACCUGGUUGAGUCCCAGGAGAUGGCUGAAUCUGCAGGAGUACCAGAGCAAGAAGCUGAUGCAAGAGAGUGGCGUGGCUGUCCAGCGCUUCUAUGUGGCCGACACAGCUUCUGAGGCCCUGGAGGCUGCAAAGAGACUCAAUGCCAAGGAGAUCGUGCUGAAAGCUCAGAUUCUGGCCGGUGGCAGAGGCAAGGGUGUGUUCGACAGUGGCCUUAAAGGUGGCGUGCACUUAACUAAGGACCCUGCAGUGGUUGGAGAACUGGCCAAUAAGAUGCUGGGUUUCCACCUGACUACCAAGCAGACACCGAAAGAAGGAGUGAAAGUGAAAACGGUGAUGGUUGCUGAGGCCCUGGACAUAACCAGGGAGACCUACUUUGCCAUCCUCAUGGAUCGUUCUUGUAAUGGUCCUGUCAUGGUAGGAAGCCCUCAGGGGGGCAUGGAUAUCGAGGAGGUGGCCGCUAACACGCCAGAACUUAUCUUUAAGGAAGUCGUGGAUAUAUUUGAAGGUGUGCGAGACGAACAGGCACUUCACAUGGCAGCUAAUUUGGGUUUCAAAGGGCCUCUGCAGAGACAGGCAGCAGAUCAGAUUAAGAGGCUCUAUGAUCUGUUCCUGAAAGUUGACGCCACUCAAGUCGAAGUCAAUCCACUUGGGGAGACUCCCGAAGGACAAGUGGUUUGCUUUGAUGCUAAGAUCAACUUUGAUGACAACGCUGAGUUCCGUCAGAAAGCUGUGUUUGCCAUGGACGACAUGACUGAGAGCGACCCCACAGAGAUGGAGGCAGCCAAGUGGGACCUCAAAUAUAUCGGACUGGAUGGAAACAUUGCCUGCUUUGUGAAUGGAGCCGGUUUGGCCAUGGCAACAUGUGACAUCAUCGACCUGCAUGGAGGAAAGCCAGCCAACUUCCUGGACCUUGGGGGAGGAGUCCAAGAGAGGCAGGUGUAUGAGGCCUUUAAGCUGCUCACUGCUGACCCAAAGGUUGAAGCAAUCCUUGUCAACAUCUUUGGUGGGAUCGUCAACUGUGCCAUCAUCGCCAACGGCAUCACUAAGGCUUGUCGAGAGCUGGAGCUGAAGGUGCCGCUGGUGGUCAGACUUGAAGGAACCAACGUCCAUGAGGCUAAGAGGAUUCUCAAUGAGAGCGGCCUGCCCAUCACAGCAGCUGAAAACCUGGACGAUGCUGCUAAGAAAGCAGUGGCUGCCAUCAAGAAAUAGGAAACUCUCAAUGAAACCUCACUACAGUUUGUCCGCCCAUCAACACCGACUACAGCCUCUGAUCAGCCUUUCCCUGCGUGUUAAAACCCACAGGAUGUUAAGCCUCUGCUUUCAUAAGCCUUUACUUUUUUAAACCACUUUCUAAAUAAUACCAUCUUUGCCAAAUGAGUGUCAGUAUCAUGGGUUUGGAGUGUGACAUUAGCUCAGUAUCAAUCAGGAUCUAACUUUUACACAUGCUCACUUUGGUAAUUUUUUCUUUAAAACUUUGCUUUUUAAUUUGGAUUAGUAAUUGUAGCUCUUGGGCUUUUUUUUUUUAUUUCACACUUUGAAAUCUUGUCAUGGAAGAUCUUCAACGUCUAAUGUCACAACUUAGAAGGAGACUCAACAUUUUGUGCAUUCCAUUUUUCAAGGUGAAGGACGUGUCUUUUCACUGCAUACUGUGGCAUUUUUUAAUAACAUAAGUCAAAAGAGACAUCCUCCAUUUCACUUCUGCCUUGGCUUUCCAGAUGAAAUGGCAGUAUAACAAAAGGCAGCGUUACAGUGAGACGAUAACUUUGUGGAUCAAUCAUUUUCCAAAGGGACUGAUUUGUCCAAACAGAUCAAGAUCCAUGACCCCAUCUGAUGCCUUAUGUGUCUCAAAUGAGGAGGAGGAAGAACCCUCGCUGUGAAUUUUGUACUUCAUGUCUUAAUUUGAAGGUGCUAAGGGCAAACAGUGAGUUGACAGUUUAUAUCAGGUUUGCUUUUUGAAGGCUUCAGGCUUUUGUCAGCUGUCUUGCCAUCUUUCAGUUAAAGCAAUAGUUUCAUAUAAGAGUGUUUAAAGAACACAAUACAAAAAUCUACAAUACAAUUGUACUUUGUGUAUUUUGUAAUCAUGAAUGUAUAUUAACAGGAUAUCUUGAAUGCAGUAUAACAACUGUGUAAAUAAUUUGAAAUAAUUAAAGUCAUAAUUAAA